CCGGUGAAAAGAGGUGCCGAGGCGCGGGUAGAAAGACCAUGGCCCAGUCCCUGUGGGGCUACGACAGCGACAACGGACCUGAGCGCUGGCAUGAAAACUACCCUCUUGCCAAAGGAGACAAACAGUCGCCCAUUGAAAUCAACAGCAAGGAAGUGCGGCAUGACUCAUCUCUCCCACCCUGGCAUGCUAGUUAUGAUCCUGGUGCCGCUAAAACCAUCCUGAACAACGGACGGACUUGCAGAGUUGUCUUUGAUGACAGUUUCGAUAGAUCAGUGCUGAGAGGUGGGCCACUCUCAGGAGCCUACAGGCUGCGUCAGCUUCACUUGCAUUGGGGUUCCUCUGAUGACCAUGGCUCAGAACAUGUUAUAGAUGGGGUGAAAUAUGCAGCAGAGUUACAUAUGGUCCACUGGAAUCCAAAACAUGGUAAUUUUGCAGGAGCUUUGAAACAACCUGAUGGUGUGGCUGUUGUAGGCAUUUUUCUGAAAGUUGGAACAACUCCUAAACCAGAGAUGAAGAGAAUUCUUGAAGAAAUUGAUAAGAUUAAGACCAAGGGGAAAGAGGCUCCUUUUCAGCACUUUGAUCCAUCAAUUCUUUUCCCCAAAUCUCGGGACUACUGGACCUACCAUGGCUCAUUCACUACACCCCCUUGUGAAGAGUGCAUCACUUGGAUUCUCUUGAGGGAGCCCAUUGAAGUCAGCGCAGACCAGAUGGCAAAGUUCCGUAGCCUUUCCAAGAACCCUGAGAAUGAACCUGUGAUCCCGCUGGUUGAUAACUGGCGUCCGCCUCAGCCUGUGAAGGGCAGGAUGGUGAGAGCCUCAUUCAAGUAAAUCUCCUGCUGAACCUGAGUGAGAAAAUCCCUGCAUCCCAAAGCAUAGUUAGCUUUUGCCUUCUACUGCUUUUUCUCUGGAUCUAGUUCUGUGUUUCUGAGCCUGAAAUCUGUGUGGUGAAACAUGACAGAUAACUGAAUUUGAUUUUUAAAGCAGAAAAAAUACUGUAUAGAAGUACUAACCUUAAUGUGGAAAUGCAGGAUAUGUGAUUCUUCAUCACAAAUACUUCAGCAUUUGUGAUAAUGUUACUUCUCUGCCAUAUGAUUUUGAAAAAAAUAGGCUCAGUUUCAAUAUUUCAAAUAAAUUUCAAAGGAAAUGUAGUAAAGGCAGACAAAUGAACCAGUAGUUAGGAAGGUAGAUUAACAGUGGAUCAACAAUGUAUGAGCACAAGGUUAAGUGCCUGUCCCUACAGCAUCUUUAGUAGUGAUCUUCCUCAGAUAUCCCAUCAUGAACAUCUGAAGAAUAAAUUCACCUUUAACAAACCACCUUUCUUUCUUGCUCUUGCGCAUAGCUUGUUAUCUAAGAUUUGUAUUCUGGAGAUACAAUCAGGCAUUCUCAGCUUCUGUGUGUGAAGAAGAAAAAAGAGACUUUGUUUUCAUUUCUGCAUUUGCUGUCUUUGCCAUCUUUAGCUGUUGCUCAUUCAACUUGUUCC